GUCCACGAGGGCGUGCUCGGAAAAUGAGAUGCAGUGACAAAUUAACCAAAUAGCUAAGAUUGGAUAGCAAGCUGACACGGCAGCCAUAUCUAAGCAAGACUUGUAUUCCUAGACUCAUUCGAAUUUACCUUUUCCAAUUGAUUUGCUGAAUUCGAAACUACGAAGAAGUUGAAGAUACUGUUUAAUUUAUUACUACAUUGAACUCAUGAGCCUUCCUGCACAGAUCGACAAUCCUUAACACCCCUAAAAUCGCAUCUUUAAGCUCUACUUCUUUAUCUAUCGCACUUCAUUCCGAUAAUGGCAAUAACGACCCUCAAUAUUUUCCUACCGCUGCUUUCAUUCCUUUCUCUUUUUCCCAUUCUCACCGCCCAGCAGCAUCCUGACUACUCUAAUGCCACCUGUUUCGAUGACAAAGGAACCUACUCAAACAGAAGUGCCUAUCACACUAACCUGAAUACUCUUCUUUCUAAUUUCACUACGAACACAGAAACUGACUAUGGCUUCUACAAUUUCUCUCACGGCCAAAACCCUGACACAGUUUACGCAUCUGGACUCUGUAGAGGAGAUGUUCAACCUGAUGUUUGCCGUAGUUGCCUCAAAAACGCCACAAAUCUUCUCCCACAGCAAUGUCCAAAUCAGAAGGAGGCAUUUUUAUACUAUGACUUGUGCAUCUUUCAAUACUCAAGUCGCUCAAUGUUUCGGAUAUACCAGGACCCUGACUUUUUCCAAGCCAUUAACAACCAAGAAAAUGCAGCAGAUGCAGAUCAGUACACAGAUGCGCUUAAUCGUUUGAUGGAAGCUCUAAAAACCAGGGCCGCUGGUGGUGGGCCUAAUCGGAAGGUGGCUGCCGGAAACGCCUCGUUUUCAUUUCAAACUGUAUAUGGUCUUGCUCAAUGCACACCGGAUUUGAGUGAGCAAGAUUGCGACGAAUGCUUGGUAAAGGCGAUCUCGGAUAUCCCACUUUGUUGUCAGAACAAGGUUGGUGGUAGGGUUUUCAAACGGAACUGCAAUCUUAGAUUUGAGAAGGUCCGGUUCUAUGAUCCUACAGUUAUUGAUCCAAUACAGUUACCUCCACCUCCUUCUGCUUCUCCAUCAACCAAUACUAGUUCCUCACAAGGACCUCCUGGACCACCAAACGUUCCAACCGGAGAAGGAAAAAACAAAAGAUCAAGAAUUGCCAUUAUUAUUGUGGCUGUGGUGACUGGUGCCUUCAUCGCCCUUCUCAUCCUCACUCUCGUCUAUCUCUGUGUUAGGAAAUCGAAAAAAACCAUUGAAAAUGAAGCUGAAAUAAUAAUAAAGGAUGAUGAAGAAAUUAGACCAGCUGAAUCGUUGCAAUUUGACUUUGAAACCAUCAGACUAGCAACAGAUAACUUCUCUAUUGCAAAUAAACUCGGACAAGGAGGAUUUGGGCCAGUAUAUAAGGGUAAGCUUCGUAAUGGACAAGAAGUUGCUGUCAAAAGGUUGUCCAUGGAUUCAGGGCAAGGAUAUUUAGAAUUUAAAAAUGAAGUGUUAUUGAUGGCCAAACUUCAACAUCGCAAUUUAGUAAGAUUGCUUGGUUUUUGUUUGGAUGGAACUGAAAGGCUUCUCGUUUAUGAAUUUCUUCCCAAUCGAAGUCUUGAUUACAUGUUAUUCGAUCCAAUCCAAAGAACUCAUUUGCAUUGGGAAGUGCGUUACAAAAUUAUAGUUGGCAUUGCUCGCGGCAUUCUUUACCUUCAUGAUGAUUCAAGAUUACGUAUUAUUCAUCGUGAUCUUAAGGCAAGUAAUAUUCUUCUGGACAAAGAGUUGAACCCAAAGAUAGCAGAUUUUGGCAUGGCAAGAUUAUUUGAUUUAGAUCAAACUCAAAGCAAUACGAGCAGAAUUGUUGGAACUUACGGAUAUAUGGCACCAGAAUAUGCAAUGCAAGGACAAAUAUCAACAAAAUCAGAUGUUUUUAGUUUUGGUAUAUUGGUUCUCGAGAUCAUAAGUGGCCAAAAAAAUAGUAGCGUGAUUGAUGAGGAGAAUAUACAGGAUCUUUUAAGCUUUGUGUGGAAAAACUGGAGGGAAGGGACAGUGUCAAAUAUAGUAAAUCCUGUGAUGAGCAAUGGUUCAAGGGAUGAAAUAAUGAGAAGCAUCCACAUCGCAUUACUAUGCGUUCAAGAAAAUGCAGUAGAGAGGCCUACCAUGGCUUCUGUUGAACUUAUGCUCAACAGCUACUCUUUGUCUCUCCCUUCACCUUCACGGCCUCCAUGUUUAAUGAAUUAUAGCAGUACAGUUGAGAUCAUGCAAAGUUCAAAUAAAGGAGAGCAAGUACUUAACUCUACUCAAGAAGCAUAAAAAUGAGGCCUCAAUGGCUGAACUGUAAGCUCUCAAGCUAGGUUUUGGCCUUGCCGGUGAAUCUAGAGAUUUUGUAUGACAGUGAAUAAAGAUUUCCUUCUGAAUUC